AUGGAAGAAGGCGUUGGGAUGCAGCUCUUAUUGGAGGACAAGAAGAAACUGACUAUUGGAGCCGACGGCUUGGAGUUUAAUGGAUUGAUUGCCAAGAAAGCCAGUCGCUCUUCUUGCGCUCCUCUCACCACCACUGGAUCUUCAAAGGACGUUAUCCCCUUCUACAAUGUGCUAUGGGCCGAAUUCGCCAACAACCACAUCACGAUCGACUAUGCUAUCCACGCUUCGAAGAAGCUGAUCAAGCCUGGGAAAUGGGAAUUCGAGCUCGCUGCCAAUGAUGAUGAUGAUGGUGAUGAUGAGGGGAACGGCGCAACGCCGGUCGAGACUUUUGUCAAGACCCUGUUGUCACGCGCAUAUGGUGAUGCGCCGCCUCGUAAACGCGCUUAUGUCUUGGUCAACCCGAACUCUGGCCCUGGAAAGGCCGUCAAGCAGUGGGAAAGUGAGGUCAAGCCGCUCUUUGAUGCAGCCAAAAUGCAACUCGAUGUUGUCAUUCUUAAGCGUGGUGGCGAGGCCGUCGAGCUGGCGCAAAAUGUUGACCUGUCGAGGUACGAUACUAUCAUGGCGUGUUCCGGAGAUGGCACGCCGCACGAGAUUUUCAACGGCCUUGCUAAGCGGCCUGAUGCCGCGAAGGCGCUGUCUACAAUGGCCGUCAGUCACAUCCCUUGCGGUUCAGGCAACGCCUUCUCGUGCAACUUGUACGGUUCUCAUCGGCCUUCUUUUGCCGCCCUGGCUAUCAUCAAAGGCAUUGUGACCCCGUUGGAUCUGGUAUCAGUCACAUAUGGUAACAAUCGUAUCAUCUCGUUUCUUUCUCAGACGCUGGGUCUCAUUGCCGAAUGCGAUCUCGGCACAGAGAACAUGCGAUGGAUGGGAAGUGCGCGAUUCGAAGUGGGCGUUGUACAGCGCAUGUACAAAAAGAAAUGCUAUCCGUUUGAUCUGGCGGUCAAGGUUGAGAUUGAGGAAAGAGAGGGCGUUAAAGCACACUACAAGCACCAUGCAAGCACUACAAGUCUCUCACAGUUGACUAAGAGCGCUGAGGCGAAGUCCGUGCCUGAUGGUGCUGGCCUGCCAGAACUGAAGUAUGGCACAAUCAAAGACGAGCUUCCGGAAGGCUGGGAGUUGAUCCCAUACAAUAAAGUCGGCACUUUUUAUGCUGGCAAUAUGACAUACAUGUCACCCGAUGCUCCCUUUUUCGCUGCUUCGCUGAUCUCCGAUGGUUUGAUGGAUCUCGUCACUAUCGAUGGUGACCUACCCUUUCUCACCGCAAUCAAGGUUCUCCUUGAUGUCGAAGCUGAGCGAUUAUUCGACAACCCGCACGUCACAUACAAGAAGAUCUCGGCAUACCGCAUCAUUCCUCGUGAUCAAGAUGACGGAUACAUCAGCAUUGAUGGUGAGAAGUGUCCCUUUGGGCCGUUCCAGGCUGAGAUCCACCAGGGUCUCGGAAGAGUCAUCUCGAAGUCUGGCAAAUAUGAGGGUUCAGGGCCAAAGGGGUGGGAUAAGGUAACAUUGGCUGAUCGUAUCCACGGUUAA